AUCGCUAGCAAAUGAGCGUGUUGUGAAAAAUUGAUCGAACGUUAUACACAUAAUAGAUUGCGGCGUCGAAAUUAUCGCCACAAGGUAGGUGAUUAACUGAACCCAACUCUAAACGCUUUAAACUAUAGGCAAUUCGCGAAUAAACAAACAUUUUGACUGGAGUCGUACGCCCAGGACACACGCACACACACGCGAUCUGAGUUUGAUGCCAUACAAAGAACGCUAUGUCGGGCCUUAAGAAAUUCCAAAACACUGAGGAAUGGCGUCAGAAACUGCGUCAGUUUCUCAUGGCAGAGCGAUUGCCGAAAAAACCUGUAAAAAUGGAUGAAUCGAAAGAUAUGCGCUACAGUCUGGAGAUCGAUGAGGAUCUCAGAAGGCCACUGGAGGCCAGAGCGAAGAAAGUUCCACCUGCCAAUCCCGUCACCCAUAAGACCAUCAGUCUUAGCGACGAUACCAUGUACGAGGGGGCCUCCAUGGAUCACUUAUGCGGUGGCGAUGAUAGCUUUAGUGCCUUCGAACGAAUGUGCGACAAGACAGGCUCCGAUCCGGACAGCACUCUGUUCCAGUACCUGCACAGCGAGGACCGAAGCCAGAUGAUGUCCAUGGCAAAGGAUCGCAGCACCGAUGAUCAAAAGGAGAUCGAUGCACUGCGUCGCAUGCUCGAGGCGGUGGGCACCGAAGACGAUCUACUGGAGAACGAGAGUCCCGUCAAGGGUGUGGAGUGCACGCAGCUGGAGGACGUUGAAGCGCCGUCGCGUUUCUGGGACAACACUCUGGCCGUGCUCGACGAAACUGCCUCUGGGUCUGGUCUGGAGCACAAGGCAAGGGUCUCCCCUGUCAAAAUGGUGGGCCUGCUCCGCCCCUCGACCAUCAUCGAGGACAAUGAGCUGGAAUCGGAUGUGUCUUCUCAUGUAAGCUUUCAAAGUGCUCGCACACUGAAGACAAAUGCCUCCAGUUGUUACGAUACAGCCACGGAUAGUUCUCUAAGUGGAACCCUUUUGAACGUCGAUGAUCUGUUCUACGCCGCAAUUGCCAAGGCCAAGCCUCCAGGAAUGUCCAAGGGAGAAGAGCUGGAGCUACUAAGCGAUCUUCACGGCAGUCUACGGGAGCUGGCAUCGCUUUCAAAGGAGGAGGAAAAAGAGCAGGAGGAAGAGGAGGAGGAGGAGCAGUUAGAUGAUGUAGAGGAUACAAUAAUCGAAUUGUCCUCCUCUGAAGAUGAGGACGUGCAGCUCGUAUCAGAAGUAAAACUAGAAGACACAUCUCGAGUGUCAUCAGUGCACGUCAAAGAUGUAACUGAACCGGAUCAAGCGGAAGAGAGUCUUGAGAACAAAGAAAACUCAAUGCAUUUUAAUGAUACCAUGGAGGAAAUGCAAUACAUGAUGCAAAAGGGCAUGGAGUAUAUGGCCGGUGGAGCUUCAGCCAACGACGGUGCGAAAUCUGAAAGCCCAGUUCUUGCCAAACAGAAAACGUUUGUGAUUUCACCGAAGCAAACGCCGGCUACAGCUUUUUUGCAGCCAUCAUUACCACUGCGCGCCUCAAACAAGCCGCAGACAGUUGUAGCUUCGCCCAGCAAGGGAAGACAGCCGCCCAAGAUCGACCUUAGCAUGGAAUGGACCAGGAAGAAGUUCUUUAGUGCAAACUCUGGCAUUCCACAACGUCGUCAACAGCAGAUAAAGCAGCCCUACGCCAAUAUUGUCAGUCCUAUUCGCACGUACACCCAGAAGUCUGGCACUGCUCCACUUAUGAGUACUUUCCGUCCAACCAGUACAGAUAUGUUAACUACCCUGGCCAUCAGUGAGCUGGAGCAGGAAUCCCGCUUGUGUCAGCCGAAGUCGCUUUUCACCGCAAAGCCCGGAACAUCCACGGCGGUUGGAGUGGAGGGGCAAGGGAUUAAGGGCAUCGAUUCGACCGCUAAUCUGCUUCCCAAAAAGGCUUACAUAUCCUCGGAGAUAAAGCAUGUGGUGGAUGAACGUACUCCUGUGCCCAUGCCCAAGGUUCCCCAGAUCCAGAAAUAUCUUAACUCGGCUGUGGAGCCGACUGUCCUGCGUCACGAUGGCAAAAUGAAAAUGCCUGGCGAGGCCACCCGCAACCCGUCCUCAUCGCACAUCCCACGCCGCGCCAAUCACAGCCUUGCUGAUUUGUCGCUCGCCUCAGGGGACGUGUCCUUGUAUACGAUAAGAGAUGCCCAGAAAUUUUAAGUCCCUUAAGAAUAAUCACUCUCUUUUAAUAU